AUGAGAAAUUUAGUUUUCUUAAAUAGAGGGGUGAUCCGCCCCGAGUCUACACUAGCCCCGGAUCUUCCUUUGGCGGCUUCUGUAUUUGAUAUUAUUACCAAUAGCAUGACAGUCGCUCUUGGCCCAGGGGAGUUUGAUGGUGCUAUCGAAGUAUACCAAUACGAGAGAACGGGAAAAGCAAAUUUAUUGGCUAAUUUUGAAGUAGAUCCUCAAGAUAAACUUAUUUGCUUCAGUCAUUUUGCUGAUAGUUGCCAAUUGAUUUUCAUUUUCGCUCAAGGUGAUAUUGUAACCGCUAGUUACGAUCCAAAUAAUAUUGAGGACCUCGAUUCUGUUGUCGUGGAAAUUGUUGGAUCUAUCGACGACGGGAUUUUAUCUGCCCAAUGGUCUCCUGAUGAGGAAACCUUAUCCAUGGUCACCGGAGCUAAGAAUGUUAUCUUGCUAAGUAGACAAUUUGAGCCGAUUGCUGAAAGAGCUUUGGCCUCGGAUGAUGCUAAUAAAUCAAAACAUGUUAGUGUUGGUUGGGGUAAAAGAGAAACACAAUUUAAGGGUAAAGGUGCAAAGGCUGCCGAAAGAGCUAUCCUUGAAAGUCUUAAGAAUUCAGGAUUGAAAGAGGGCGAGGCUAUUAGAGACCCAACUAUGCCUGCGACAGUAGAUGAAGGUACAAAAAGUUCUUUUGAUACUGGGAAAGUUUCUAUUUCUUGGAGAGGGGAUUGCCAAUUUUUUGCUAUCUCUAUGAUUGAAAUUAUUAAUGAGACAGAAAAUCGUUUAAUCAGAGUGUUUGAUCGUGAAGGGAAUUUGGAUACUGUCUCAGAGCCUGUUAAUGGUCUUGAAGAUCAUUUAUCUUGGAAGCCACAGGGUUCUUUAAUUGCUUCAACUCAAAGAAAGAAUCCUAAUGAUAAAAAUGAUCACACUGUGAAAGACAUUUUAAUCAAUCCAAAAUUCGUUGAUCAAAAGGAAGAGCUCGAAGAUUUGGAUUUAGUAUUUUUUGAACGAAAUGGCUUGCGUCAUGGUGAAUUCAGUUUAAGAUUACCAUUGAAUACGAAGGUUAAGGACAUUUCAUGGAAUAGCAGCUCUGAAGUUUUGGCAAUCAUUUUAGAUCACUCUAUUCAGUUGUGGACUAUGAAAAACUAUCACUGGUAUUUAAAGCAGGAGAUUUUUUCAAUUGAGAAUUACAAAAUUCAUUCAUUGACAUGGCAUAGUGAAAAGCCUUUAACUUUUAUGCUUGUUACUGAAAAGAUUGUCGAGAUUAUCGAUUUAGCCUACGAUAUUAUAUCUGGCCCAACGGUUUCCCCAACAGAUGUUAGUAUGACUGGUGUAAUUGAUGGAAAGACUUGUAAUCUAACACCAUUAGUAAUUGCUAAUGUUCCACCACCAAUGGCUUUCCGUGAAAUUACAGUGAAAGAUAACGUUAAUGACUUCGCCAUUUCUUUGAAGAAUGAUAAGUUUGCAAUUAUUACAGCUAAUGAUAUCUAUUUUGCAAGAUUUUCAUUAAAAAAGAAAAAUCAACCAAAAAUUUUUGCAACCCUAACGAAAGAUCAGCUAUUGCCGGAAUUCUCUGAUAUCAAUUUGAGGCAAGUUUGCUUUACGGGAAACAACACUGUGGGCGUAUUAGCGGAUAUUUUGCCACAUGGUGAUUCCAAAAUCAUUAUUAUUGAUCUAUCUGAUAUCAAGGCUCCAAAUGUUAUUAUGUCUCUUGACCCACCAGAAAAAGUUAUUUUAAUGAAGGCACAUUCUAGCUAUAAAUCAAUCACUUUUGAAACUAUCAGAUCCACCAUAUAUAAUAUCAAUCCUAUUGAUUAUUCAAUUAAUGCUAUCUCUCAAUUGGGUCAGUUAUGUUAUGAAUAUCACAUCGUUUGCAAGUCAACGGAAGUUGGCGAUGAAUUAAUUAACGAGGCAGACCUGUUGGUAUUUGGUUUAGCUUCUAAUGGUAAGUUAUACGCCAAUGAUAGACAAAUAAGCAGUGCGAUAACUUCAAUAAAGGUUACCCAAUCGCAUUUAUUGUUGACUACUGCUCAACAUCAAUUGAGAUUUGUUCAUUUGAACAAUGAUUUUACUACCUACAAGGUCACUGAUGACGAGUUGAAUAUUUCACAGAAGACUGCUGUUGGAAACCAUAAUAAUAAUAAUGAACAUACUAUUUCCUUCGAAGAUGAAAGAAUUAGAGCUAUUGAAAGAGGCUCAUUAUUAGUUUCUGUAUCGCCUUCAAAUUUUUCUGUGGUUUUGCAAGCUCCAAGAGGUAAUUUGGAGACAAUUUAUCCAAGAAUUAUGGUCUUGUCAGAUAUCAGGAAGAAUAUCAAGUCAAAAAAUUACAAGGCAGCAUUCAUUACGUGCAGAACCCACAGAAUUGAUUUAGAUAUCUUGCAUGACUACGCACCAGGUUUGUUUUUUAAGAAUUUGGAACACUUCAUUGAUGAAAUUGAUAAUGAAGAAUACUUAAAUUUGUUCAUUGGUACCUUACGCGCCGAAGAUGUUUGUGAAAAUAAAUACCGAGAAACGACUGCUUUACCAUCGUCUCUUAAUGAUGGAAUUGCCCAUGUUGAUAUUUCAAAUAAUGCCAUUGGUACAACUAACCACGAUUCUAAGAUUAACAGAAUCUGUGAAAGUCUUUUAUCAGUGUUGUUGACAUCAAAAUAUCAAACAAAAUAUUUACGUGCUAUUAUUACUGCUUAUGCGUCCCAAACCCCACCUAAUCUCAACGAUGCUUUGAGAUUGAUUUCUGGCUUCUCUGAUAAUGAUGAAAAGGAAAAAUCCAUUGAAUAUUUGUGUUUUCUUCAAGAUGUUAACUUAUUAUAUAAGACUGCCCUUGGAUUAUACGAUAUUCCGUUGACCUUAUUGAUUGCUCAGCAAUCUCAAAAGGACCCAAAAGAAUAUUUACCAUUCUUGCAGAACUUACAUGAACAAGAACAAUUGAGAAAGCAAGUAAUGAUUGAUGAUUAUUUGAAAAAUCAUGAUAAAGCUCUCAGUAGUCUACAUGAAAUUGAGAAGCAACAAAAUACUGCAGAAAUUAAGGAAGAAUUUGAUAAUUAUAUGAUUUUACAUGGGUUAUUUAAACAAGCCUUGAAGUAUUAUCAUUAUGAUAAUGAUAGAAAAAAUGAAAUCCUCAAACAUUAUGCUGACGCGUUGUACAAUGAUCAUGAAUAUCACGAGUCAGGAAUAAUUUAUGAAAUGUUGGGAUACUACAAAGAUGCUAUUCAAUCAAAUAUUUUAGCUAAAGAUUGGCAGAAUUGUUUGAGCAUUAUCAAUUCUAACUUGGAUAAAUUUGGUAAAGAAUUGGAAGAGACUUGUGAUACUCUUGUUGAGAGUUUGACAGAAGCUCAUCGCUAUCAAGAGGCCGCAAUUAUUGAGUUCCAGUACCUUAAUAACAUUGAAGCGGCCAUAAAAUUAUAUUGUAAAGAUCACCGAUAUGAUGAGGCAAUUUUGAUGACCAGUAAAAAUAAGAAAUUUGAAUUGAUCAGUGAAAUCAUCGAUCCUUUAAUUGGUGAAGGGUUUGGAACUAUUGUGGAGUUGGUCAGCGAUUGUAAAGCUCAGAUUGGGUCACAAUUAAAGAGACUUCGUGAAUUGAGACAAAAGAAGAAGGAAGAUCCAUAUGGAUUUUUUGGAAUUAGUGAAGCUGCUGGUAAUGGUGGGGCUGGCGAAUUCGAUACACCAGAUGAUGUGUCAAUUGUCGCAUCAGAAACAUCUACCAAAGAAUCGUUUUUCACUAGAUAUACUGGUAAGACUGCAGGUACUGCCAAGACUGGAGCUUCUAGAAGAACUGCUAAGAAUCGUCGUAGGGAAGAAAGGAAACGCGCCCGUGGGAAGAAGGGUACCAUAUAUGAAGAGGAAUAUCUUAUUAGUUCUGUGGGGCGUUUGAUUGAUCGUCUUCGUGAGACUGAGCCUGAAGCUAAAAGAUUGAUGGAGGGGAUGAUCAGAUUGAAGAAGUUUGAACAAGCCUAUCAAUUACAGAAAUCUUUUGAAGAUGUGUUAUUAUUGUUGAAGGAUAAUGUGGCAGAAAUUUAUAGUAUGACAGAAGAUGAUCGUACUAGAAUUAAUGACCAAGGAGAAUUAUAUUUGAUAGAUGUUAUCCCAACCCCAGUCAUCAAAGAUUUUGAUGGCUAUGCCGUUCUUAAUUAUUGA